GUUUCAUUAAGAUCUAUGCAUUUCAUACCUGUAAUCAUCAUGCUAGACUUCAUUGAUGAACGCCUGAAGAUAUUACUGGGCAUUGCUGCAUCUCUAGGUCUCAAGUAUGCUGUUACUGCCCUUAUGAGACGACAGCGCGAUGAAUUGUUUGAGCUGGUGGGGGUUGUAGAGGAGCUUGUGUGCUACCCGGUGAAAUCAUGUCAGGGCGUGAAUGUGCAAGAGGCUGAGUGCACCACAGAGGGCCUUCAAGUGUUAGGGAUCACUGAUAGACACUUCAUGAUCACCAGACCAAAUGGAAGGUUCAUGUCACAACGACAGAACCCCAAGAUGGCUUUGAUAUCUGUGUUGAUCAAACCAGAAGGGGUGGAGCUACAAGCAUCUGGUACCAGUCCUUUGAUAUUGCCACGUCUCACUUCAAAAUCUGGACAUAUUGUCCGGCAAGUUAACCUGUGGGACAUUGAUCGCGAGGCUCUUGACUGUGGGGAUGAGGCAGCCCAGUGGAUGUCUGACUUUCUGGGGGACGAGGGGCUGCGUGUUGUCUGCUAUACCCAUGAUCUGAAGAAGAGCUACUACAUCAAUGCCAAGAAACCCUGGGCAACCAGAGCACUGGAAACCGAUGCAACAGGGUUUGCAGACUGGGCCACUUAUUUGUUUGUGACUACUUCAUCUGUGGAGGCUUUAAACACACAUUUGAGCAAACCAGUCACCAGCAGAAAUUUUCGACCAAACAUACUGAUCAGCGGAACAGAUGCCUUUGAAGAGGACAUCUGGGAAGAGGUGCUUAUCGGGGACUCUGUGAGAAUGAGAUGUCUGUCGGCCUGUGACAGGUGCUUGUUGACCACAGUUGACCCAGACAAAGGAGAGAGGAGACCAGAUGGGGAGCCACUGACCACUCUAAGGAAGAUCCGGUCUAUUCCGCCAUACAGUGACUACAAUGAGUGUGUGUUCGGCGUAAACGCGGCACCUGACGUGUGUGGCACAGUGAGAGUGGGUGACCCAGUCUACGCCAUCAAGACGCGUAAAUCCGCUUACAACAUUGACAAUUACCUCAUGGGUGGCACCAGCAGUGAACUCCAAAACGUCACCAACAAACUCUAUGAAGGAGCAGGGGCAUACAGGAUGGAGCCUGAACAGGGAAUAGCUGGAAGAAGUGACCAACUUGGGAGCAACCCUGUCAAGAAUGGUACUUGUACAGCUGAGGUCCAGAUCAGAAUUGCCAUGGAAACCCUAGCAAGCGGAGCUGCGUGCAAUAUAUUAGACUGUAUCCUCAAAAAUUGGGUCAAGACGGUCAAAAAAUGGGACAGCUUGUUAUCUUUUGACGGAGCGCCACCAGCACAGACCAAAGAUCUUUGCACAGACGUUGAGUUCACACAUAGCAUCAUCAUGCUAAACUUCAUUGAUGAACGACUGAAGAUAUUACUUGGCAUUGCUGCGUCCCUAGGUCUCAAGUAUGCUGUUACUGCCCUUAUGAGACGACAGCGCGAUGAAUUGUUUGAGCUGGUGGGGGUUGUAGAGCAGCUUGUGUGCUACCCGGUGAAAUCCUGUCAGGGUUUUGAAGUACAGGAGGCUGAGUGCACACAUGAUGGCUUACAGGUGUUGGGGAUCACAGACAGACAUUACUUGGUUACAAGAGCAAAUGGAAGGUUCAUGUCCCAACGACAGAACCCCAAGAUGGUUUUCAUAUCUGUGUCAAUCAAACCAGAAGGGGUGGAACUACAAGCACCUGGUACCAGUCCUUUGAUAUUGCCACGGCUUACGUCUAAAUCUGGACAUGUUGUCCAGCAAGUCAAUCUUUGGGAAAUUAUGCGCGAGGCCAUUGACUGUGGUGAGGAGGCAGCCCGGUGGGUGUCAGACUUCCUGGGAGAAGAGGGUCUGCGUGUCGUGUGCCAAACACACGACCUCAAGAAAACCACCCUUAAAUGUGCCAAGAAACCGUGGCCAACCAAAGCCGUGGACACGGAUUCAACAGGGUUUGCAGACUUGGCCACAUAUUUGUUGGUAACUUCCCCAUCACUGGAGGCUUUAAACAAGCAUUUGAGCACACCGUUGGACAGCCGAACCUUCCGGCCUAACAUACUGAUCAGCGGAACAGACGCCUUUGAGGAGGAUGACUGGGAAGAGGUGCUUAUCGGGGACUCUGUGAGAAUGAGAUGUCUGUCAGCCUGUGACAGGUGCUUGUUGACCACAGUUGACCCAGACAAAGGAGAGAGGAGACCAGAUGGGGAGCCACUGACCACUCUCAGGAAGAUCCGGUCUAUUCCGCCUUACGGGGACCACAAUGCAUGCGUUUUUGGCAUUAACGCAGCCCCAGACAUGUUUGGAACAGUGAGAGUGGGUGACCCAGUCUACGCCAUAAAGACGUCCAAAUAAGCCACAUCAACGUUUGACGACAAAAAACGCCAUGCUCCAUUAAAUGCAAAUUUAUGAGGAAUAGAGAUGUAUGGUCAUAGGAUGGUCAUUAAGAACUUUGCUAACAGCUACAAAAAGGAAUGCAAUAGCUUAUAUAACAGUUAAAAUGAGAAACAGAUUGACCUUUAUAACACUGUGUUGGCACUAUUUGUGCUCAAAGAAAUGCAAAUAGGCCAUCUUUUUUUCCAAGUUAAAACAAAAAUUGUUAUGCUUUUUGUUUUGUGUUGCAUAAAGAAUGACAGGUUACUGCCUGACAGUUAUGUAAUAUAUCAGGCGAGGCUUAAAAUAAAAAUUAAUGGCGAGGCUUGCCGAACCAUUAUUUUAUUGGUGCCAACCCUGAUUCAUUACAAAACGAUAAGGCAGUAAUCUGUUUUUCUGUUGAUCAUACCUCUAUGUCCCACAUUUUGUAAGAAUUUGUGAAAAAUAAACACUACGACGCUGCAUAUAUUUCGGGAAUAUAUAUGCUUUUUUAGCUCACCUGAGCACAACGUGCUCAUGGUGAGUUUUGUGAUCGUCUUUUGUUCGUCGUUCGUUGUCCGUUGUGCGACAUCAAUAUUUGCCUUGUUCACUCUCUAGAGGCCACAUUUAUUGUCCAAUCUUCAUGAAAUUUGGUCAGGAGAUUGGUUUCAAUUAUAUCUUGGAAGAGUUUGAAAAUGGUUACAUUUGCUUGAAUAACAUGGACGCCAAGGGGCGGGGCAUUUUUCCUUAUAUGUCUUUAUAAGGCUAUAGUAAAAUCUUGUUAACACUCUAGAGGCCACAUUUAUAGUCCGAUCUUCAUGAAACUCGGUCAGAAGAUUCAUCCCAAUAAUAUCUUGGACUAGUUCAAAAAUGAUGCCGGUUGGUGGAAAACAUGGCCACCACAGGGGCGGGGCUAUUUUCCUUAUAUGGCUAUAGUAAAACCUUGUUAACACUCUAGAGGUCACAUUUAUUUUCUGAUCAUCAUGAAACUUGGUCAGAAGAUUUGUCCUAAUGAUAUCUUGGACGAGUUCGAAAAUGGUUUUGGUUGCUUUAAAAACAUGGCCACCAGGGGCGGGGCAUUUUUCCUUAUAUGGCUAUAUAUGGCUAUAGUAAAACCUUGUUAACACUUUAGAGGCCACAUUUAUUGUCCAAUCUUCAUGAAAUUUGGUCAGAAGAUUGGUCUCAAUAAUAUCUUGGAUGAGUUCGAAAAUAAUUAUGUUUGCUUGAAAAAAAUGGCUUCCAAGGGGCGGGGCAUUUUUCGUUAUAUGGCUAUAGUAAAAUCUUGUUAACACUCUAGAGGCCCGUUUACUGUCCGAUCUUCAUGAAACUUGGUCAGAAGAUUCAUCCCGAUAAUAUCUUGGAUGAGUUCAAAAAUGAUGCCUGUUGGUUGAAAAACAUGGCUGCCAAGGGGCGGGGCAUUUUUCCUUAUAUGGCUAUAGUAAAACCUUGUUAACACUCUAGAGGCCACAUUUAUUUUCCAAUCUUUGUGAAACUUGGUCAGAAGAUUUUGUCCCAAUAAUAUCUUGUUAUCUCAGGAGAGCGACUUUGGGCCUUUCAGGCCCUCUUGUCAUGUUUAAUGCGUUAAUGAUGACGUCAUGAGAACUCGCGCUUAAUAUAUGUAAAAUAAGUUUUUUUGCUGUUUAUGUUGCUUUUUGUAUAUAAAAUUUAUAACAUCUCGGUAUCAAGUUGUUUGUUUUGUUAGUCCCCUACCGGUUUCAUCGGAGGGGACUUAUGGUUUUCGCUCUGUGUGUCUGUGAGUCUGUCAAACUUUUCUGGAUCCUGCGAUAACUUUAAAAGUUCUUAAUAUUUUUUCAUGAAACUUUGAUCAUGGAUAGAUGGCAAUAUGGACAUUAUGCACGUCAUUUCAUUUUGUUCCUACGUAUACAAUUCUGUUUGCUAUGGCAACAAAAAGACUAGAAAUACUGCUGAAAAUGGUGGUUUUCAAGAUCCUGCGAUAACUUUAAAUGUUCUUAAUAUUUUUUCACGAAACUUGGAACAUGGAUAGAUGGCAAAAAUUAUGGUUGCUAUGGCAACAAAUAAAAUAAAUAUUCUAAGUGGUGGAAUUUCUGACAAUGGUGGAGCCGGUAAGGGACUUUUAUUGCUUGGUAAUAGUCUUGUUGAAUCUGAUUCUAUUUCACUCAAUAUGAUGACUUAAUAGGUCAUUGCAAGUAUUAUGAACUACCUCCAAACAUUGACUGAUAAAAAAAACCUCCUGUUGAACUGAUAUAAAACAAUAUAUCAUGCAACUUUAUAUGAGACAGAUAUCAAUGUAGCGGUAGGAUAAAAAAAUAUGAAAAAUUAAAAACAAUCAAAACUGUUCAUUAUUUUGGUCAUGGUUUUAUUUGAUUUUCAUUAUAUUUCUUAUGAUAAUUUUUCAUGGUUAACAUUUUAAGUUCCAAUUCUGCUUUGACCAAUCAGUGCAUGUGAUUUUUCAAGGAUCUUUGUCUCAGAUUAAAGACGGACAUGUAUCAGAAGUAUGUAUUCAAUAGAAUCAUGAUUAUGUAAACAUGAUAAAUACAAAAUGAAAGUGUUUCACAACAGUUGUCACAGAUUUUUGUUUUGCCUUUUUUCUUUAAUGUAAAAACAGUUGUGAUUAUAUGGACAAUGCCAUGAUACAAAUGAUUUUAUGAGCUUAUGGCAAAUGCAUGUAUAUUAAAGGCUGUUAAACAUUUGAUGGAUUAAAUAUUUUUCACUUAUUUAGAAAUGAUAACAAUCAUGCAUUCUUUCUAAAAUGCAGGUUUGAAAGUGGAUGUUUAAAGAUUGCCAUGAGAAAUAUUUUGAAAAGAUCUUUAAUUGUUGAGACAUACAUCUAUCUCACAACAUGCUCUGAAAAACAGAUGGCCUCUGUAGACCACAACUUAAAGCUUCAUAAAAGCUGUGCUGAUUCUUGGAUAAAUAUAUAAUUAGCUCUGCUGUUUUCAGAGAAAACCCAAGGUAUUGUCAUAGCCAGCUAGCCGUCAGCCUUGCUAAAACCUUAACAUUGGCUCUAAAAUCGAAGUGCUUCCACCUACAACAUUGAAACUUCAUAUGUAGCUGCACCUUGAUGAGUUCUACACACCUCUCUCAUUUUUGGGUCACUAGGUCAAAGGUCAAGGUCACUGUGACUGUAAUAUUUUUCUGACAAGCUUUCAUUUAUUCAAAACUGCACCCGCAGCCGAGCGUUGGCACCCGCUAUGCGGUGCUCUUGUUCUAUCGUGUGAUGAUAGUGAUAAUGUAUUUCAGUACGAGUCAAUAUUUAAAUCAAUUCUUAAAAUAUAUACCAGAUUUAGAAAGUUAUUAUUUUUUAAAAUGCAAUUAUAGGUUUAAUGUUAAAAUACAAAUAAUUAAGACAGUCUACGUUAAAAAUGGCAAUGCAACUGUAAUAAUUUACAUAUUUUUUUUCUAUCUGCUAUCCACAGUUUGCUAUGUUCGAUAGCUUUACAAAAAAAAACAUAUUAGAUCACGCACUUGUAUUGUAUGUUUGUUACACAUAAGAUUUUACCACAGUACUUGUAUUUAUUCAAUCCAUGUGGUCCAUAAUUUUGUCGAAGUAUAUGUACUUUUUCAAUGUAUUAUGUUUUCAGUGUAUACAUAUAACCAGUUUGGUUUUGGGGUUUAUUUAAAUACGUGUAUUUGUACUGUGUUUUGUUUGUUUUUGUUAGACAAAUAUAAAUCUUUGACUUAACAUCAUGGUUUAUAAGUCCAUGAGGAAAAAUCUUGAGUUCUGAUACAAUGGAGGGCAUUGCCCUGAGGGCAUUGAAGUUCCCGAGUUGUUUGUUAGUCACAAUUCAUAAAUCAAAGAGUUAUUGACAAAUAAAUAAAAUUAAUGCACAAAUAACAAUGUAGUUUAAUUGUUACGUUAUUGAAUACAUACCUGCAAUUGAAAUGUGAACUAUAUUUUACACAGAUUUGCAUCGUUUCUAGACAUCUGUUUGGGUAAUUUCACAACUGUUAUUGCGAUCUUUGUUUUAAGUUAGAUGAUAGUUUCUUAUGAGAUAGAUUUUACCAUAUUACACUAAGUCAGUUGUUCAAUACAGUAUCACUUGCAAUUGGUCUGUAUGUACUUGUAUGAUCAUUUAUGCAGGUGUACAAGUACAUGUACUUUACUGUGUUUUUACUGUGCCUAAACCUUAAGUAAUUAGAAAGGAAAUGUCAUGUUAUUUAGUUUAUGGUGUGGUAAUCAGUAUUUUUUUAUAAAAAUAUGGAUUUUUCUAUUAAAUAAAAAAAUGUA